UUCUGUCGCUCUUCCCAAAAAGAAAACUGGAAGUAUUGGCUUUGUCUCCAUCACUGAUCGCUCACUAAUUUCUCGAUUUCCACAGUAUUAUAUAUAUUUGUUUCGAUUUCUAGGAUCUGUACUGUAUUUAUAUAAUUUAGAAAAAAAGAAAUAUAAAAUUUAUAUUAUUAUUCUUUUAACGAACUCUCUCUCUCUCUAUCGGUGCUUCAAGGUGUUCUCCAUGAGCUGAAUAUCCUGUAAUUUAUGCUCUUUCUGCAUACAGUCUCUCACACAGAGAGAGAGAGAGAGAGAGAGAUUCUUUGUAAGAAGAAACAGGGGGCAUUGAUUGCUUCUGUGUUUGGGAGCGACAGAAAGUAGUAGCAGAAUCAAUUUCGGAGUUUUCCGAUCGAUUUCGGUGGAUGUGGGCUUUCUGGUUUCUGGGUUCGAACCGAAGAGAUCAAAGUUUUUUUUUUGGCUGAUCUGAUUUAUGGGUUUUAUCCACCGUUCACGAAGAACACGGUGAGGUUUCAAAGGUUUCACCUUUCGCUGACGUAGAAACGGCAACGAAAGCUCGGAGUUAAGAGGAAGUGUCCCAGAAUCUGGGAAUGUGAUUUAUUAGGGCUUUCCAGUUAUCUCCAUAAACAGAUAUAUUCCAUUUCAAUCUAAAACAGAGGAAAUCUUCGAGAAGUUGUGUGAAAAACAUCUGAUUACAGAAAUGGAAGAAGAGAAGGGUAAGGAAUCAGAAUCGAGCGAGACGAGAUCGUUGGCAUUGACACCGACUUGGUCGGUUGCUACUGUUUUGACUGUCUUCGUAGUCGUUUCCUUGAUCGUUGAACGCUCCAUUCAUCGGCUUAGCUACUGGCUGCGCAAAACUAACAGGAAACCCUUGUUUGCUGCGUUGGAGAAAAUGAAAGAAGAGUUGAUGCUUCUAGGGUUCAUAUCACUUCUUCUGACAGCCACAUCUAGCACCAUAGCCAACAUAUGCAUCCCCUCUAGCUUCUACAACGACAAAUUCGUUCCGUGCAAACGGUCUGAGAUCGAAGACGAGCUCGAAAUUUCGUCGUCCAGCGAGCGAAAACUCCUUUCGGGUUCUCUCUUUCUCCACGUCCUCAGGAGAAGGUUGGAUGGCAUAAGCGCCACUACUACUUGCAGCGAGGGGCACGAGCCAUUUGUUUCGUAUGAAGGCUUGGAGCAGUUGCAUCGAUUCAUCUUCAUAAUGGCGAUUACCCAUAUAGCAUAUAGCUGCUUAACUAUGCUGCUUGCAAUUGUGAAGAUUCAUAGUUGGAGGGUUUGGGAAGACGAGGCUCAUAUGGAUCGGCAUGAUGCAUUGACUGAGGUUACACGUGAGAAGGUAUUCCGGAGGCAAACCACUUUCGUUCGGCAUCAUACGUCUGCUCCAAUGGCCAAGAACAGAUUGCUUAUAUGGGUGACGUGUUUCUUCCGACAAUUUGGACGUUCUGUUGUUCGUUCUGACUACCUAACACUCCGGAAGGGAUUCAUCUUGAAUCACCACCUCACGUUGAAGUACGAUUUCCACAGCUAUAUGAUCCGUUCUAUGGAGGAAGAGUUCCAACGUAUCGUUGGAGUGAGCGGUACGCUUUGGGGGUUCGUAGUAGCCUUCAUGCUCUUUAACGUCAAAGGAUCAAAUCUCUAUUUCUGGAUAGCCAUCAUUCCUAUCACUCUUGUUCUUCUGGUCGGUUCGAAGUUGCAACAUGUAAUCGCGACUUUAGCGCUGGAGAAUGCCGGAAUCACAGAGUAUUCUUCGGGAGCAAAGCUGAGACCUCGAGACGAGCUUUUCUGGUUCAAUAAACCAGAACUUCUCUUGUACCUCAUCCACUUCAUUCUGUUUCAGAACGCUUUCGAACUGGCGUCGUUCUUCUGGUUCUGGUGGCAGUUCGGGUACAACUCUUGCUUCCUCAGGAAUCACCUGCUUGUCUACUUACGGCUUGUUUUGGGGUUUUCGGGACAGUUUCUAUGCAGCUACAGCACUCUGCCAUUGUAUGCUCUGGUCACUCAGAUGGGAACGAACUAUAAAGCGGCGUUGAUACCGCAGAGGAUAAGAGAGACGAUUCGCGGGUGGGGAAAAGCCGCGAGAUGGAAGAGAAGGCACGGGUUUUAUGGCGACGAUUCGACUGUCAGGACUGAAACCAGCACGGUUGUAUCGGUCGAGGAAUACGAUCAUCAGAUGCUCGAAAUCCCGGAAACUUUACCAGCUCAGGCCCCCGAGCUCGAGCUUGAGCCGACCGAGAGCAAGAACGCUUCUUUCCCGGUGGCUAACGAGACCUCGAGCAGGGUCGGGACGCCUCUGUUGAGACCCUGCGCUUCCAUCACAUACGCAACUGGCACUGACCUGCGGACAGAAGCCAUGGAAUCGCUUUCGAGAUCUUCUUCUUUACCUGUAAGAAGAGAAUGACAGGUUAUAGGUCUAAUUUUACAGAGAAGAAGCUUUAGGUUCUGUAGCUCACAGAGGCCAUGGAAGAGUAAAUAAAUGUUCUUAAAUGUAAAAUCCAUGGCUUCUUUCUGUCGAAACUUUCAGAUGGGUUUUUAUUACAAAGAUCAGGAACAUGCUUCAGUCUGUCAGUCAUCUUUGAAUGAGCGAGCUUCGAAGAAGACUUCAAUGGUGAAGAUGAA